AUGAUCAGUGUAGCCCCAGCAGUGCCACCUGUCAGUGUCCAUCAUGCCCAUCAGUGCCACAUCAGUGCCCCAUAUCAGUGCCUACCAGUGCACAUCAAUGCCACAUAUCAGUGUCCAUCUGAGCUGCCUUUCAGUGUCACCCAUCAGUGCCAGUCAGUGCCACCUAUCAAUGCCAAUCAGUGCCACCUAUCAGUGCCGCCAAUCAGUGCCAGUCAGUGCUGCCUAUCAGUGCGCAUCAGUGCCGCCUAUCUGUGCCUGUCAGUGCCGCCUAACAGUGUCAGUCAGUGCCAUCUAUCAGUGCCAGUUAGUGCCAGUCAGUGCCACCUAUCAGUGCUGCUGCCUAUCAGUGCCAUGUAUCAGUGCUGCCUUUCAGUGCCCAUGAGUGAUGCCUAUCAAUGCCCAUCAGUGCCACCUACCAGUGCCUCCUCGUCAGUGCCACCUAUCAGUGUCCAUCAGUGCAGCCUAUCAGUGCCCAUCACUGCAGCCUCAUUAGUGCACAUCAGUGAAGGAGAAAAAUUACUUAUUUACAAAAUUUUAUAACAAAAACUAAGAAAAAAAUUUUUUUUUCAAACUUUUCAGUGGUUUUUGGUUUGUUUAAGAAAAAAUAA